AUGGCUCAGGUUGGCAAAAUAGAUGACUUCAGACCAGAGGUUGAGCCAUGGACAGCUUAUAUCGAGCGUCUGGAGCAGUACCUGGAAGCUAACGACGUUGACGAAGAAAAGCACGUGGCGGUGUUGCUAAGUGUAAUGGAAACUCCCGUAGGAACUACAGGAAACUUGAGAAGUCUCCCAAUUUACAACGAAGUUCCAAAGGCGUCUGGUUUCUAUCGAGAGACAAAGGCGGACCAGUUAAUCUUGGACGAUACCAGGGACCGGUUCGUAAGUGGAAUUAAAAACGAAGCGUGCCAGAGGAGGUUACUUUCAGAGGACCGGCUGACCUUCGCCAAAGCUUUUGAGAUUGCUCUCACUAUGGAGACAGCAGACAGAGACACUCGACAGCUUAGAGGCGCGGAGGGUGAAUGGACUAGUGAGGCAAACAUUCACAAGCCAGCUAAAGUAAAGCUCAAAGCUUACAAUGGAGGACGUAUUUGUGUUUUGGGACAGCUUGUAGCAAAAGUGAUGUAUGAAGACCAAGCUGCGGAUUUGCCACUGUUGAUUGUUAAGGGACAUGGCGCAUCACUGUGUGGAAGGAACUGGUUGACAAAACUUCGGCUUAACUGGCAGCAGAUUAAGUACGUGGGUGAGCCAAAACACCUAUCACUCAAUGAGCUUUUGGAUACUUACAGUGAUGUAUUCAAGGAGGAGUUAGGCACAUUGAAAGACAUUAAAGCUACCAUUGUGGUCAAACCUGAGAUGCUGCCCAAAUUUAAUAAACACAGGCCUCUUCCAUUCGCAAUGAAGGAAAAGGUGGAAAAAGAACUUGAAAGACUGGAAAAGUGUGACAUUAUCACACCUGUGAGACACAGCGAGUGGGCAGCACCUAUAGUGCCGGUGCUAAAGUGCGACGCUUCUAUUCGCUUAUGUGGGGAUUACAAAGUGUCAGUGAACCAAGCCCUUGAAGCAGAUACGUACCCUCUACCACGUUUGGAGGAACUAUUGGCAACACUCAGGGGGGGAAAGUACUUCUCAAAGAUAGAUCUGGCAGCAGCCUAUCAACAAGUACUGUUGAAUGAGGAUUCCAAGAAGUACACAACUAUCAAUACUCAUAAAGGACUGUUCGUUUACAAUAGGCUCCCUUUUGGAAUCAGCACAGCUCCAUCGAUUUUUCAGCGCAUUAUGGAAAACAUAAUGAAAGGGUUACCAGUGGUGGUCUACCUGGAUGACUUGCUCAUCACUGGAUGCUCAAAAGCGGAACAUCUGAGCAACCUGGAAAAGGUCCUGCAACGCCUUCAGGAGAAUGGUCUGCGAGUAAAACAUUCCAAGUGUGAGUUUAACAAGCCACAAAUUGAAUAUCUGGGACACGUCCUGGAUGAACACGGAGUCCACCCUUCAGAAGAAAAGGUGAGGGCAAUACAGGACGCUCCUGCUCCUACUAAUGUAAAAGAACUUCAAGCGUUCCUGGGACUUGUUAACUAUUAUGGGAGAUUUGUGCCAAUGCAAAGCACGGCCCUGGCUCCACUUUACAAGUUACUAAAAGACAGUGUGACUUGGAGAUGGACUGACCUAGAGCAGGCAGCGUUUGAUAGGUGCAAAGGUCUGCUGACAAGUGAUCGGGUGCUGGCGCAUUAUGACUCCAACCUGCCCCUCACUUUAGCGUGUGAUGCUUCUGCAUAUGGCAUCGGUGCGGUGAUACAGCACACAAUGCCAAGUGGGGAGGAGCGGCCAAUAGCAUACGCUUCCAGAACACUGUCCCCAGCAGAAAAAAAGUACUCUCAAAUAGAAAAAGAGGCUCUUGGUCUGAUUUAUGGAGUAAAAAAGUUUCACCAGUACCUUUGGGGCAGGCAUUUCACCUUAGCAACAGACCAUCGCCCCCUGUUGACGCUUUUUGGUGAGCACAAGAACCUACCUACCCUAGCUGCAGCACGCAUUCAAAGGUGGGCUAUCAUAUUGUCGGGAUAUGAUUACCACAUUGUUUUCAAAAAAUCAGCAGAACACAGCAAUGCAGAUGGGCUCUCUCGCUGUCCUCUGCCUGAAACAAGCGACACUGGAACAGCAUUGAGUUCAGCAGCAGUACACUCACUGUUAAUUGCGCAUAUGGAAGAAGCUCCACUAAAUGCGACCCAGGUUGCUCGGGCCACACGCAGAGAUAUGGACUUGUCAAAGGUUUACCAGUAUGUCAUGGAAGGUUGGCCCACUGUUACAGAUGAGAGUUUAAAGGCUUAUCACAACAAGAGGAAUGAGCUUUCAACUGAGAGGGGUUGUGUUUUGUGGGGAACCAGAGUGAUUAUACCCUCUAAAAUGAGAAUGGCUGUGUUAAAUGAGAUUCACUCUAGUCACCAAGGCAUCGUAAAAUCCAAGGCCUUAGCUCGCAAAUAUGUCUGGUGGCCAAAUCUGGAUUAUGACCUGGAACAGGUUUGCAAAACAUGUGAAACAUGUCAGCUGGAACAGAAGAUGCCGCAGCAUGUUCCAUUGCAUCCCUGGGAGUUCCCUGGUGAAUCCUGGAAGAGACUGCAUAUUGAUUUUGCUGGACCCUUCCUUGAAAGCAUGUUCAUGAUUGUGGUUGAUUCAUAUUCGAAGUGGUUGGAGGUAUUUCGUAUGCCACACAUCACAUCACAAGCCACGAUUACAAGGUUGAAGAGACUGUUUGCUCCGUAUGGACUUCCUGAACAAAUAGUCACAGACAAUGCCACCACUUUUACAUCUGCAGAGUUCCAAACGUUUGUGACACAAAAUGGCAUUUUGCACACAACAAGUGCGCCAGGACACCCUGCCACAAACGGUUUGGCUGAAAGAUAUGUGCAGACAUUUAAAGUAGGCAUGAAAAAGCUUGCCAGCACAUCAGGCAGCAUUGAGGACAAACUUUCAUUGUUUUUGCUACAGUACCAUGUUACGCCAAACUGCACGACAGGCCAGUCUCCGGCUGAAUUGUUCUUGCACAGACACAUCCGCACCAGACUGGAUUUCAUCAAACCUAACAUCAAGGAGACUGUUCGCAGGAAGCAGUAUCGACAAAAGGCUCAACAUGACUUCACAGCCGUGGACCGUUCCUUUUCUGUUGAUGAUGCUGUUUAUCUUCGCAACACAGGGGGAGGAGUUCACAAGUGGAUACCUGGACAGGUUAUCCUUCAGUGGUUGUGA